AUGUUAAAUGAAAAUAAUAGAAUUAACACAAUCAAUCAAUAUAAACACCAAAACAUCAUACUACUUGAUACCAUAAAAAACACUGAUACUUAUAUUCACCUUAAAAUAUUAGAUAAUCUACCAUCAAAAUUCCAUACAUUAAUGAACAAAUUAAUAACUAAUAAUGGUCCAUGGCUAGACACAUGGAAAAGAAUGAGGUUACUAAAACCCGAGUUUAACUCAAACUGUAAAAACUGUAAUAAUGAUAUACCACAAACAUUAAAACAUAUACUAUUAGACUGCACUGACUUUGAAACAAUAAGAUCUGAUACAAGAUAA